AUGGAUACUGGUAAUAACAAUGGACUUCACACUAUUCUAAAAUGCAACUUUCCUCCCUACGGCAAGGACUUUCCCGGCGGCUAUGCCACUGGAAGAUUUUCUGAUGGAAGAGUUCCCUCUGAUCUAAUUGCGGAGAAGUUGGGAUUGACUAAAACAUUGCCAGCAUAUAUGAGCCCAAAUUUGAAGCCAGAAGAUCUUCUUCAAGGUGUAACAUUUGCAUCUGGGGGAACUGGUUACGAUCCAUUAACGGCUAAGAUGAUGCUUAAGUCUCGUUGGUCCGGACCUUUCACCAUCACAGACGUUAGACCUUAUGGAGCUGUUGUCUUGGAAGACAAUGGGAGGAAGUUCACAGUCAUUGGGCAGAGGCUGAAACCUUACUUCACAGAUGCAAAACCCGAAGAAGGAACCAACAUUCCUUUAACGGAACCCGAUCUCGCCUAA